AGGAAGUAGGCGUGUUGUCAUCGCUCAGCCCCUCCCGUUAUAUGUAAUGUUACUUAAAAUGUAAGCGACAUCUAACAACAACCGCCUGUACAUGAUUAACCUACAAGGAAAAGUAGCGGUGUCCUGGAUUGAUGUCUCGCAAUGGACGAGAGUCGUCCAUUGCUGCCUCAGCGCCAAGAGAGCAUGGAAGGUCCUUCUCCAAACCUGAAGCCGAGGCAUGGCGAGCUGAUACCCACACCAUGUGGACCAAUAAAGAAGUUAUCCGAGCUCCAGGGCCCUGUGAAGAUAUACUUCUGCUUCACACUCCUCUCCAUGGUGGUGCUCUUCAUCCUGACUAUAUUCAACAUCUCCAAAGAGAGCCAGAAUGAGAAGAAAAAGGGUGACAAUGACGAUCUCACCGUCUCCAUCAUCCAGCUUGUGGGCAUCGCGUUCUGUUUCUACUACAUCGUUCGAGGCGUUCUGCAGGAAAACAAGCAGGAGCUGAUUGUCUUUGGGCUGUGCGUAUUCGUGCUCAUGGUGCGCUCUAUCAUCAACUAUGUUGUACCUGAAGAGAAAGAGACCCUGCUAACGGUGCGGUUUGCGUGCAUCAUAUGUUUGGGUGUUGCGCACCUGAUCUGUGUCGGUCUGCUCAUCACAAGGCCCAACAUGAUGGCCUUCAGGGUGGGUGGAGCUUUGGAAAGCCUGCAGGAGCAGUACUGCCUGCUCAAUCUCUGUUUCUCUAUGGUGACUUUUGAUCUUCAGGCACAAGUGUGCCUGUGCAUCCUGAUCCUGACCUCAGGCCCCUUUGUGUCCACCGCUCACAGAAUCAUUCUGGGAAUUGGUGUUUUUUGGGCAGUAAUCACUGCUGCCAUCGGAGGCAUUUCUGUUUUGAAAGAAGUGAAACCACUGGUAUGGAUUUUUGCCCUCCAGAACUUACCUCAGCUGGCUUAUUUCAUUUACCUCCUAUACUCAACCAUUACUAACUGGGGCGAGAGUAAAACAUACAUACUGGAGGCUGCUACCAUAACGGGCUGUCUGUUAUCGGUGGCCAUCAAAUGUGUGCUGUUCUGGGGCUUGUAUAGUCUGUACCGCAGAUUCGGCCUGGGUCUGCGAGAGAAAAUGUUCUCUUCAGAUAAUCAGCAAGUCUCCCCAUCAAGAAUUGGACCAGCAUGAAAAAGUUCUGCAUUGUGGCAUUUUGUCCGGGAGUACAAUAAUGCAACUGUUGCACAUUUGCAUACAAUGAUGCAAAUCUAGACUUACAGCUAUCCAAUCUUUCAGUUAAGUAGGUUCAUUAACCUGGAAUAGAUCUCUGGAAAUUGAAAGUGAUGAACCCAUGCUGCCAUUUUGCUUCUUUCAAGUCUUCAGAAAAUUCAGCUUUCGUUCUAAAUUCCAAAAAGAAUCAAGUGCUCAGAGGGUUUCAGUUUUACCUGUAUUACCUGAAUUAUUGAACAUGGCUGUACAUGAGCUGAUUGGAUGUUCUUUGGUUCCAUCUUUAUCUGUUACUGCUUUCUUUUUUAUAUGCUUUGAAUUGUUUUACCACUUCUUUUAUUAUUUUAUUAUUUCUAUCAUUCUCUGUAUUUCUUGUUACUUUAUGCUUGGAUGCAUAUCAGUAACCAGUGACAUAAUUCCUGAAAAAUUAUAGUUCAGACACUCCAUUUUUAAAAUGUAUAAUCUAAACAAAUAUAGUGUUUAAUGAUGAUAAAACAUCAUGCCAAAAUCCUACAUGCAACCAACAAGGCUGGGUACUGUGUGGGUAAAGGAAGCACUUCAAAAUCAUCCUUUUUGUAAAGUAACAAAGUUCUUACAAAUCAGAGACGUGUGUUUAGUUUAGUGUUACUUGUAAGAACGAUGCAGAUUCGUAAUUUCGAUUCCGGAAUGAAAGAGUUUCAGUUCCAGUCAUUUGACUUGAGGCUUGAACUCAGAAGAAAGAGUAAUAAACUGUGAUUGGGAUGGUAGAAUUAUCUUUCAUGUUCUUAGAAUGUAUCUGUCACCAGGAACCAUGGCUAUAUAAAGAUUACACAAUUCCCUGUUAUUGUGUAAAUACCUUUAGGGCAAAGGAAAUAAAGAUGAUAAAUAAAGGUACAAUUUACCCUAAUAAAGGUAUAAAGAUAGGUCUAGUGUUGAAGCCUUUAUAAUUUUAUAGUCAGGAUUGUUCAGUCAGGCAAAUGGUUGACUGAGCUGCCACAUAUGGAAUGAAUUGCAUUCAAUAAAAAAACAACAAUGGAUCUUUUUUCCUUCAGGUCAAAAAGAAAAGUCUAAAACUCAUUGAUGUUUAAUAUAGAAGACGAUUUCUAGGCAGGUUCUAAGCAAAUUAAAGCGAUAUUAUCGUUUGUACAAAAGGUCUUAUCCCCUCUACUGAAGCAUGUGUUUAGACAGAGGGAUCUGAUAGAAAAUUGAUCGUGUGUUUCCACAAAACGUGAGGAGGCCAUUUCACUGAAGAAAGAAAGGAUGUAUCAAAUGUUAUCAAAACUUCUAAAAUUCACGUAUAUCCUGUAAACGAUACGUGGUUUUUGUUUUACACUUUGAUACAUGAGCUCAGUGUCAAGAAGUGUUACACAUAAACAGGAACGAAAGUUUAUUUUUCUCUACUUUUAUUACGACACAGCAUGUAACUUUUUUUUUUUUUUUUUUUUUUGGAUAACCGAAACUUUGUGAAUAACUGCACUAUUUCUACUUUAAAUGCUGUGAUUAUGAGAAUGUUUAUAAACAAGUUUAACCAUAAUGCAUUAAACAUGUAUUGCUUUUGAUAUAUUGUCCUGGGUUUUGAUAGCACAGGUUUAUUACUUUAUACAUGUAUUUAUUAUACAAAACACAAUAAAUUUAUUUUAUUGUA